AUGGAUAGGGCUGCCCACCGCUCUGGCCAAGUGUACUCACUGCCCCGCCCAAACCAGCAUAACCACAGCCACAACUGCUACAGGAGCUGCAACCACUACAACCACAGCCACAACUGCUACAGGAGCUGCAACCACUACAACCACAGCCACAACUGCUACAGGAGCUGCAACCACUACAACCACAUCCACAACUGCUACAGGAGCUGCAACCACUACAACCACAUCCACAACUGCUACUGGAGCUGCAACCACUACAACCACAUCCACAACUGCUACAGGAGCUGCAACCACUACAACCACAUCCACAACUGCUACAGGAGCUGCAACCACUACAACCACAUCCACAACUGCUACUGGAGCUGCAACCACUACAACCACAUCCACAACUGCUACUGGAGCUGCAACCACUACAACCACAUCCACAACUGCUACAGGAGCUGCAACCACUACAACCACAUCCACAACUGCUACUGGAGCUGCAACCACUACAACCACAUCCACAACUGCUACUGGAGCUGCAACCACUACAACCACAUCCACAACUGCUACUGGAGCUGCAACCACUACAACCACAUCCACAACUGCUACUGGAGCUGCAACCACUACAACCACAUCCACAACUGCUACAGGAGCUGCAACCACUACAACCACAUCCACAACUGCUACAGGAGCUGCAACCACUACAACCACAUCCACAACUGCUACAGGAGCUGCAACCACUACAACCACAUCAUCUCAAAGAAGAACUAA